AUGACUGAAAUCCAAUUUUCAGAGAUGAGCUCGGGUAAAAGAAGCCUGGAAACGAUUACCAUCGACGAUUCUGACGAGGAGACCGACAAAGAGCCAGCUGCGAAGAAACCAUCGAACUAUACAGCAUGGGCUGAAAUAUUCAAUAAAAAGAAAACAGAAUCAUCAGCGGUGUCUGCAAUCGAGAAAGCGAAGAAAGAUUCUGAAAAGGAGAGGCAGCGUCAAAAAUUGAGGGAGGCAAUAAUGGAGCGAAAACGACGAGAAGCUUUGAUGAACGAGCCGAAGAAACAAAAAAUUGAGCCCGUAUCAACUGUGAAGCUGGAAAAAUCUGUAAAUCAGAAAAUUUCUGCAAAUUCUGAAGAUUUCGAUGUUUCUGGGCCUUCAAAUAGUCGGGAAACACAAGAAUCGCCGCUAGAUCCGAAUGAUUUUGUUGCGAAUCCACUUGCAAUUGGAACUGGAGAACGAUUAAUUCGUGGACAAGACAUUAUCGAACGUCGGGAUAAAGUGUUUCUCGAGCUCUUCUGCCACAAAAAAUAUCGAAGUCGCCUCCAAAUGCAAGCAAUCAACUGUAUUCUGAAGAGAAAAUGCGAUGUCUACGUGUCUCUUCCCACUGGAGCUGGAAAAUCUCUGUGCUAUCAACUUCCAGCAGUCGUUCAUGGUGGAAUUACUGUAGUGAUCUCUCCACUUAUUGCGUUAAUGAAAGAUCAAAUUUCAUCGUUAAAACGAAAAGGAAUUCCAUGUGAAACUCUAAAUUCCACACUAACGACGGUUGAAAGAAGUCGAAUUAUGGGAGAGCUGGCAAAAGAGAAACCGACAAUUCGAAUGUUAUAUUUGACAGCAGAAGGUGUUGCAACUGAUGGAACAAAGAAAUUAUUGAAUGGUUUAGCGAAUCGGGAUGUUCUUCGAUAUAUUGUUGUUGAUGAGGCACAUUGUGUUACUCAAUGGGGACAUGAUUUCAGACCCGACUACCUAACUCUCGGAUCCCUUCGCGAUGUGUGUCCUGGUGUUCCAUGGGUGGCUUUAACUGCAACUGCAAAUGCAAAAGCUCAAGAUGAUAUUGCAUUCCAACUAAAGCUUCGAAAUCCAGAGAGCUUCAAGUCGGGAACAUAUCGAGAUAACCUUUUCUACGAUGUUGCUAUGAGAGAUCAUCUUGCUACUGCUCCGGAGAACCACAUGGCAUCAUUUAUAACAAAAUGCCUGACCGUCGAUGCAAAAACCAGCUCCUCGAAUCUAACAAAACAUGAAAAAGCCGAACGAUCACAAAACAAGAAAACAUUCACUGGAUCAGCAAUUGUGUACUGUAGAUCAAGAAAUGAAUGUGGACAAGUUGCUAAAAUGCUCGAAAUUGCCGGAAUUCCAGCAAUGGCUUAUCAUGCUGGUUUAGGAAAAAAAGAUAGAAAUGAGGUUCAGGAGAAAUGGAUGAAUAAUGAGAUUCCGGUGGUUGCUGCGACGGUUGCAUUUGGAAUGGGUAUUGAUAAACCUGAUGUUAGAGCUGUAAUUCACUGGUCUCCAUCGCAAAAUCUGGCAGGAUAUUAUCAAGAAGCCGGAAGAGCUGGAAGAGAUGGAAAACGAAGUUAUUGUCGGAUUUAUUACUCGAAACAAGACAAAAAUGCUCUAAAUUUUUUGGUUUCUGGAGAGUUGGCAAAGUUAAGAGAGAAGGCAAAAAAGAACAACGCAGAGGGGGAGAAAGCUGAAAUGCAGAUAAAAUCGAUUCAGACAGGGCUUGCAAAAAUGCUAGAAUAUUGUGAGAGUGCAAGAUGUCGUCAUGUUUCCAUUGCAAGUUUCUUCGAUGACACAGAGUGCCGUCCGUGCAAGACCAAUUGUGAUUACUGUAGAGAUCCCACUAAGACAAUCAGAAAUGUUGAAGCUUUUAUUAAUAGCGAAGCAUCAACAGGCCGUAGUAUGUUCAGAAAGUCUGCUUCAUCUGGAGAAAGUGGAUUUGAUAGUGUAUAUGGAGGAGGAAAACGUGGUGGAGAAACAGAAGAUGAACUAUUAUCAGCUGCAAGUACAUCGAAAGAUGCAAUGGAUCGAAUGGAACAAGAAGAAGCAAAACGAGUUCGAUCAGUUAUUUCCCAAGAAUUUGCGAAACGAAGACAGGCGGCACCUCCACCAAGAGCCACUGCGAGACGGGUAGAACCGGCGACUGAUGUGAAUGUGAUUAAACCGGAACAAAAUGUUAUUAAGAAUGUGACUCUUGAGACUCGAGAAAACUGGGUUCGAUUUCUUCAUCGUGCUCUUGAUUCAAAUUGGAUUGUUUCGGGACCACCAGCUGGUGUUACAACGAAACAAUGUGCCGAACAACUGGAAUAUGGACUAUAUUCAAUUUCAAAAAAUGAGACAACUUAUAAGAAUAAGUGUGGACACAAGCUGGCUGAAAUCAAGAAAUUGACACUGAAGAAUGCUCCUUUCGCCUACACAAAUACAGAAGUUGAGCAGAAUGGAUUUGUUAAAGCUUCCAAUUUAUCAUAGAAACGCAGUUUAAUUUUUAUCUUUUUUUUUUGUAUCAUGAUUUUUUUUUAAUUACAAGCGAGCAUUCGGAUUUUGCUUUAUUUAGCAUGCAUUAUUAGAAAACAAAAAAAGUGGAAAAAAAUCCGUUCAAAAAAAAUUUUUUUUUGUCGAUCGUCAAAAAAUUUUUUAUCGAAAAUUCUUAAUUUUUCCUGCAAAAAUGAUGUAACCUAGUGUAACCUAUUUUAACACAUACAAAACAUAUCAAUUUAGUUCGAUACACUAAAAUUAUAAUAGAAAAUAUAAUUUUUUCGGAUAAUUUUUGAGUUUUUGAAUAUUUCUUGAGAUUCAAAUUUCAACCUCAAAUGAUUUGUAUGUGUAAAAAUGGUUUACACUUGGUUACAUCAUUUUUGUAUAAAAAUUUUUUUCGGAGGAAAAAUAUAAAGAAACGAGUGAUGUAGGCAGACAUGAAAUAUCAGGUAAUUUAUUUUAAAAAACAUUUUGAUACAUAUUACAAAGUUAACUGAGACAAUAAUUAGUAUUGCUUUGGAAAGCGAUCAUGCCAAAUGAAAAAGUCUAAAUUGUUGGUAGACCUCAAUAAGAUAGUAGCAAUCGUUCCGUCAUUUCUUUUAAUGUCAAGCCCAUUUUCACAAUCCCAUUUGGUAAAGCCAUAUGUAAAACUCGUUCUGAAACUGUAUAAGAUUA